CAUUGCGGCGGCGCGGGGAUUCCUCCCCGGGCCUGACCGGAGCGGGGUCCGGGUCCCCUCCUUGGGCGCGGGCCGGCCUGGGGCCCGGUGGAGUUGCAGGCGCUGGAGCGGGGCAGCUCUGUCCCAGGCCGCGGAAACUAUUUCUGGCCGCCCUUUCCCCGGGGAAUCACAUCCGCCAGGCGCACCCGGAACGAGGGGCCCCUCCUCAGCCGGCAGCUGCGGAGUCUCCUGGGGAACUUCCGUCCACCUGUUCUACAGAGGAGCUGCCUGCCUGCCAGUCCAGGCCUGGUGUUGUGGGCUAUCUGACCUCCCCCGCCUCCCAGCCCCAGGAUGGGUGAGUUCAACGAGAAGAAGACGACAUGUGGCACCGUCUGCCUCAAGUACCUGCUCUUCACCUUCAACUGCUGCUUCUGGCUGGCCGGUCUGGCGGUUAUGGCAGUGGGCAUCUGGACACUGGCCCUCAAGAGCGACUACAUCAGUCUGCUGGCCUCAGGCACCUACCUGGCCACAGCCUACAUCCUGGUGGUGGCUGGCGUUGUUGUCAUGGUGACCGGUGUCCUGGGCUGCUGCGCCACCUUCAAGGAGCGGCGGAACCUGCUGCGCCUGUACUUCAUCCUGCUCCUCAUCAUCUUUCUGCUGGAGAUCAUUGCUGGCGUCCUGGCCUACGUGUACUACCAGCAGCUGAACGCAGAGCUCAAGGAGAACCUGAAGGACACCAUGACCAAGCGGUACCACCAGAAGGGCCACGAGGGCGUGACCAGUGCGGUGGACAAGCUGCAGCAGGAGUUCCACUGCUGUGGCAGCAACAACUCCCAGGACUGGCGGGACAGUGAAUGGAUCCGCUCGGGCGAGGCAGGUGGCCGUGUGGUCCCAGACAGCUGCUGCAAGACUGUGGUGGCCGGCUGCGGGCAGCGGGACCACGCCUCCAACAUCUACAAGGUGGAGGGCGGCUGCAUCAGCAAGCUGGAGACCUUCAUCCAGGAGCACCUGAGGAUCAUCGGGGCUGUGGGCAUCGGCAUCGCCUGUGUGCAGGUCUUUGGUAUGAUCUUCACGUGCUGCCUGUACAAGAGCCUGAAGCUGGAGCACUACUGACCUGCGCUGUGCUGGCCCUCCGCGCACGCUGCAGCUUCUCACCACCGCCCGUGUGACUACUGAGCUGACACUACUGAUGGCCAGGGAGCUGGGGUCCCGGGGGCCCCGCCCUCACCCCUUUGCCAGGGACAUUGUGUUCUCAUGCCUCUACCCACCCCGCCACCGUGACCUCUGGGGACCCGCACUCCCAGAAGGAGCUUCCAGUGCCUUCUGCUGCACACCAAAGUCUUGAGGCCUGAGGUAGGCCCCCCCCCCCCGUGGUGAGGAGGGGCUGCAAUUCUGCCUGUCCGCUGUCUGGGUGUGGCUGGUGGGGUGGAGCCACUGGGUUCUGAGAAUAAAGCGCCCCCCACCCACAGGCCAGCUUCUUUGGGGUGGGGUCAGGAGGCCGUGGGGUACUCCCUAAUGCCUCUGCUCAGUUGGAGGGGCUGGUUUGGGGGUGAGUUGGACAGAACUAGGCUGGGCCACCCUAGGGUGCUCCCAGCUGCCUGGAUACACCCCCAAUGGUGGCCAAGGGAAGGCCGGGAGGGGCAGGUGCAGAUGUGUCUGCCACCAGGACAGUCCCACUCAGUAACUUGAGGCCUCUCCCUGAGGCUCCUCCCCCAUUCUGUGCCUCUGCUGCUGCCCCUGCUCCUGGCCACCCUGCUCCCUGAGCCCCCGUUUCUCCCGCUGCUCUCAGCACUGUGUAAAAGGCCACAUACUCACAUGCUCACUGUCUCCCCUUCCCCGGGGCAGGGGCUUUGUGGGUUUUAUUCACUGCUGUGUUACAAAUGCCUAGAACUGCUCCUGCCACUUAACAGGUGCUCAAUAAACGUUUGUGGAACAGACGA